ACUCAUGAGAGAGAGAGAGAGGUGAGAGAAAGUGAAGAGAGAGGGGAGGAGAUAUUCCCCUCGCCGCAGCGUCGUCCUCUCGGACAUUUUCUCUCCCCUUGCGUCCGCAGGAGCUAUCGUUCACCAAAUCGUCGUUCUUUUCUGGUUAUAGGUUUUUCGAUUCUCCCACCUCAGACGAAGAGUUUAGGAAGAAGCGCGGCCUGAAUUAGUAGCCCCAAGCCUCUCUUACUCAGGUGUUCUUGAUGGCGAGUUCGAGCGUCGUUGGUCGGACCAACGUGCGGAUCGUGGUUGUGGGGGAUCAUGGUACCGGAAAAUCCAGCUUGAUCAUUGCUGUGGCAACGGAAUCUUUUCCACAAUCGGUUCAGGCUGUGGUGCCACCCACUCGGCUACCCGUGGAUUAUUAUCCUGAUAAAGUGCCUCUCACGAUUGUUGAUACUUCGUCUAGACCAGAAGAUUGGAACAAGGUUGCAGCAGAAUGUCACAAUGCGGAUGCAAUUGUCUUGACUUAUGCAUGCGAUAGGCCAGAGACACUCGACCGGCUAUCCACCUAUUGGCUCCCUGAACUUCGUAGAUUGGAGGUGAAAGUUCCUGUGAUUGUAGUUGGUUGUAAGUUAGAUCUGCGAGAUGAGCAACAACCUAGCCUCGAGCAAGUGAUGUCCCCAAUAAUGCAACAGUUUCGGGAGAUUGAGACUUGCAUAGAGUGUUCUGCCUUGAAGCAAAUCCAGGUUCCUGAGGUUUUCUAUUAUGCUCAAAAGGCAGUACUUCAUCCUACAGGUCCUCUAUUUGAUCAGGAAACACAGACCUUAAAACCUCGAUGUGUCAGAGCCUUAAAACGUAUCUUCAUUCUUUGUGAUCAUGAUAAAGAUGGUGCUUUAAGCGAUCAGGAGCUAAAUGAUUUUCAGGUUAAAUGUUUCAAUGCUCCACUUCAACCUAGUGAGAUAAUGGGCGUGAAGAAAGUUGUCCAAGAUAAGCUUCCUGAAGGGGUUAGUGACCGUGGGCUGACCUUGACGGGGUUCCUCUUCCUGCAUGCUCUGUUUAUUGAAAAAGGACGUUUGGAAACAACUUGGACAGUUUUGAGGAAAUUUGAUUACGACAAUGAUAUUAAGCUCAGAGAUGACCUUCUUCCAGUUGCUCAAUUUAAACGAGCCUCUGAUCAGAGUGUUGAGUUGUCAGCUGAUGCAUUAGAUUUUCUCAAGAGGAUCUUUUCAAUGUUCGACGUGGAUGGUGAUGGGGCAUUGCGACCAUCUGAACUCGAAGAUUUGUUUUCAACUGCUCCUGAAAACCCUUGGAAUGAAAUUAUCUACAAAGAUGCUGUUGAGAAGAAUGCAAUCGGUGGUUUGACGCUAAAUGGAUUUUUAUCACAGUGGGCACUUAUGACGCUACUGGAUCCAGUAAAUAGUCUGGCGAAUUUAAUAUACAUUGGAUAUGCUGGUGAUCCUUCAACAGCAUUUAACAUAACUAGAAGGAGAAAGAUUGAUCGUAAGAAAAAGCAAUCGCAGAGGAAUGUUUUCCAGUGUUUUGUAUUUGGUCCAGAAAAUUCUGGCAAAUCUGCUUUGCUGAAUGCAUUUGUUGGGAGGCCAUUUUCUGACAAAUAUAUAUCAACUGGUGAACCUCGUUAUGCUGCUAAUAUCGUUGAGCAAAAUGGGGCAACCAGAAAGACCCUUGUGUUGAGGGAGGUACCUGCAGAUGGAAUCAAGAAACUUCAGUCCAACAAGGACUUCUUGUCAUCAUGUGAUGUGGCUAUAUUUAUGUAUGACAGUUCUGACGAAGGUUCAUGGAAACGGGCUAAUGACCUGCUUAUUCAAGUAGCUAGUUAUGGGGAAGACAACGGUAUUGAGAUUCCUUGUCUCAUCGUUGCUGCUAAGGACGAUCUAGAUCAUUAUCCAACAUCUGUACAAGACUCAACAAGAGUUAGCCAAGACAUGGGAAUAGAGGCACCUAUAACCAUCAGUGUGAAGUUAAGGGAUAUCAAUAAUCUAUUCCACAAGAUCAUCAAUGCUGCCCAACAACCACAUUUAAGCAUUCCUGAAACUGAAGCAGGCCGAAAUCGUAAGCAGUACCGCAAGAUUAUGAACCGCUCUCUCAUGGUUGUCUCAGUUGGAGCGGCAGUUGCUGUGGUUGGAUUGGCUGCAUACAGGGUAUAUGCAGCACGUAAGCAUUCAUCUGGUUAGAAUUCCUCAACGUCUCCAGCCAGAUCGCUUUCCUCUGCAUCAUAAUCAGGAGGGAAAUAGUGGGCUAGGCACUCUGGGAUCCUCCCUUCCUCUCCUGAGCUUCUUGGUUAUUUUUCAUAUGAUCCAGUUGGGAACAUGCAGUGUACAGAGAGCAUUUAGAUAUUUUUGAUAUGUAGGAACCAGGUAAUACCUGGUUUGGUUCUUCUCUUUAGGCUUUCGUGAUGCUUAUGUUUUCUCCUCUACAUUAUACUGUCCUGCCCAUGUUUAGUUGCCAUAUCAGUUUGGCACAUGGAAGGGAUAUUUUCCAUCAUAAAUAUAUAUUUUUUUGGGGUCA